CUAAAUUUAAUUAGCUGCCUAAGGUGAUUCCUAUUAGUAAUGAAGAUUAUAGAAGAAAUAAAAAAUCAAGUAGAGUAGGAAAUGAAAAAAAUGAUAGGAAAGUGUAUUGAAAAGAGAUAUGCAAAAUUAACAGAGAAAAUAAAAAAGGAAUUCAUUUUUAAGGUUGUGCGAGAUGGCUAAACUAUAAGAUAGGUAUAUUAUGAAUCAAAUUUAGGCUUCUAAAGAGUUGUGUAUAAAUUAUUCUUCUGCAAAAUCCAUAAUGUCAAAUUAUAGAAAAUCUAGUGGUCAAGGAAAAAAGAAAUAUAAUUUGGAACCAAGAUAGGUAAAGGUGAAUGAUAAAUAUGACUGGAAGAAAUUUAAAAUUCUGACAUUUUGCGAGGAAACACAAACUAAUGAAUACACUAUGGAAACUUUUGCAUAAAACAUAAAGAAAUCUAAUCCCGAAAAAGUUUUAAUGUGAUCCCUUAAAUUAGAU